AUGGUGAUCGGCACGGAAUUUCCGUGCGCGGCCAAAAGCGAAAGAACGACGGGGCUGUUACAAGCCGAGCUUGUAAUUUCGACCGAAUUGAAAAACGCGCACGAUCUCUGCGGCGUGUCCAACAGUGUGCAGCAGCAGCAGCAGCAGCAGCAGCAACAGCAGCAGCACGAUACCACAGGAGACAGGAGACGCGUGCACGAGUACGAGUGUGGCACGUUUCCCGUAUGUCCCCGCGGCGCCGUUGGCGGUUGCAGCACCCCCGGCAGUAGAGUGGAUCCCUGGUGGAAUCCUGGUUCCCUCUUCCCCUCGACCCCUGGGCCCCCAAGGAUCGACGAGGGGGCACCGGAUAACGGUAGUGGUGGUUUUCAGUUCUAUAGUCCACCGAAUCGUAACGCGAAUAGUCCGUCGCAACAGUUACAACAACAACAACAGCAAAGCAUCUGUACGAGCUACGGUAUCGCCUCGACGUCGUCCUCUUCGUGCUCGUCGUCGGGCCUCGGUCACGUGGAUUCGGUAGCGCGAGGUGCCGAUGCCGUAGGUUCGCCUAGCAGCGUGUACGGCAUCGCCUCGUCGUCACCGGAACCCUCUUCGGCCAGCAAUCUGAUCCUUUCCGCGCUCUUGACCACCACGUCCUCCACCGAGACUCAUAAUCGAACAUUGCGAGCCGGGGUCCCAACUACGACUACGGAUCAGAGCAACGUGCUACCGUCCACGUCCACGAUAUCGCACGGUCCGACUAACGUUAGGAACAACGUCGGCAACAGCAGCGUCGCGUCGCCAGAUUCCUUAAACGGAAUCCUGUCGUCUCUAAACGUUAGGAUCAAGACGGAGGAAUAUCCGAAAGUACGCACGGAGGAACGAAGAACGACAAACGCGACACUUUCAUCAGCGUCACCGUCGUUGUCUUCGUCCUCGACGUCCACCUUUAACGCAUCCCUGCUCAGCUCCUUAUUGUCCACGUCGCGAAUCUCGACGGCCUCCUGUAGGAACGACAGCGACGAGGACAUUCUGUCGAGAUCGUGCAUCAAGCUCGAGUAUCCGUCCACGGAUACGCAACGGUCGAGUCAAGAUCAGCAACAGGAGGAACAAAGUACGGUGCGCGGCAUCAAAGUAGAAUAUCCUCUCAGUCAAUCGUCGCAGGACGUUCUGGACACCGGUGUCUGA